UCUGUGCUGGCUGUUGUCUUGGACAAACCUUCAAGAAAUAGAAAUCUUUACAUGUAAACAAAUCUCUCUGGUUACAAUCUAGAUGGGUGCUUCUGAAUCAGUCCCUCAAAAAUCCAUUCAUGAUUUCUCAGUCAAGGAUAGCAAGGGUAAGGAGGUGGAUCUCAGCACAUACAAAGGGAAGGUUCUUCUUGUUGUCAACGUUGCUUCCAAAUGUAGGUUAGCAGAUUCAAACUAUACCCAAUUGACUGAAGUUUACAACCAAUACAAAAAAAAUGGAUUCUAAACUACUGUCUAAUUUGAGCAAGAUGAGACAUCUGGAUCUAAGUUAUAAUAAUUUUGACGAGGAUGCCUUCAGGAUUUUGGGUGCUCUCCCAUCCCUUAAGUUUUUGUCCUUAGUGUCCAAUAGCAUGGAAGGACCACUUUCUAACCAAGAAUUCACUUAUAAUCUUAGCAAUUUGGAGGUCCUCCUCCUCAGAGGAAAUCUGCUCAAUGGAACACUACCAAUGUUUGACAUCCUUCCACCAUCUUUAGAUCUUAGAUUUGAGUGAGAAUAAUUUCUUUGCAAGUAUUCCUCCAUCCAUAGGAGCAUUAUCUUCUCUGAAAGCUCUAUCUCUGGCUCAAAAUAACCUUAGUGGUUCUUUACUAA